AUGUCGCAGCCGUUUUGCCGUGGCUCACCCUCGGCGGCCUCCCGUGCCACGCUGCCCUCCCUGCGCUCGAUCUCCCUCGACAGCCAGCGAUGCGACAGGACGGUCUCCACGUACUCCGUCGCAGGAGCGGCACGCGCGGUGGAGUACGGCGGCAAGCUGCGGGUCUGGACCGCUGAGAUGGACGGACGCAUUCUGGUCCGCGCUGCGCCUCGCGGAGAAACCCUCUUUGAGGUCAGUGCACGGCAGUCGGCGUUCUGCACAGUCUUGCGCAGAGUUGCUGAGGGGCAGAUGUGGGCAGCCUUCUCGGACGGGUUUAUUCGCUGCUACAACUCCGUCACUGGGACGCUGGAGCGCGAGUUUGUGCAGCACGCCGGCGCGGUCCACGCCCUCGCGAGCUCGGCCGUGAGCGACUAUGUGUAUAGUGGUGGGGAGGAUUGGAAGGUGUACCAGUGGUCAAGGUCGAAGUGCACGUACAUUCGGCUCUUCUCCGGACACACCAACCGGGUGCGGUGCGUGAUUGUUGUUCCUGGGCACGCCGGCCCGAGCUCCACGUCGGCCGGCGACGAUGCGACGGAGCGCGACGACGAAGAUGACGCGUACACCGCUGCGGACGGCGCGGGGCUGGAGGAUGCGUUUGUUCUCUCCUGCGGGGACGACACGACCGUCAAGGUCUGGGACCCGAAGGCGCCGCUGCAGAUUAAGACGGACGAGGCCUGCCUGGCGACGCUGCGCGGGCACGAGGGUCCGGUUCUCGCCAUGGAAGUUCACCCCCGCAGCGGGUACUUGUGGUCUGGCGGCGACGACUGCAGCAUCCUCGUCUGGGACUGGCGCAGGGGCGAGGGGCGGCGCUGCGUGGCGGUGUUGCACGGGCAGCACAGCGGCCCCAUCACCUCGAUCGUCCACGUCUCCCCGCGCAUGUGGAGCAGCGCAAAGGACGGCUUUGUGGUGGUCUGGAACCCGCGGGAGCUGGCCCCGAUACAGCGCAUUCAGCUUGCCCCACGCCACGUGAACUGCCCCAUUUUGUCCAUGCGGCGGUUGUACCGUGCGACGCAUUGGACGGUGUGGCUAAGCGGGGCGGAGGGUCUCCUUCAGGCUUUGCAGGUCACCGGGGACGAACACGACGUGGACGCCAAGCUGCAGCACUACGAGCAGCGGCGCACCGCGGAGAAGCGACGGCUGACGAAGCUGCAGGCGAAGACCUCCUCCCAGAAGCAGCGGAUCAAUAAGCUGAAGGCCCGCAACGAGGAUCUGGAGGUGCAGCUGCAAAUUUACCAGGAGAGAAAUAUUCUGCUGCUGGAGGACACUGCGACCCGCCUCCGCAGCAACGCUCAAAGUGGUAGCUCCGCGGCGGACGGGCGGGCCGCGCAGAUCAAAGCCCUGCGAACAACUGUACUGCAGUUGGAGGAAAAGGUGCGAACCAACGAGGAGUCCAUCACGCAGGCCGCGGCGGAUGCUAGGCAGAAGGAUGAAAUGAUUCAGUUGCUCUCGGGGCAGCUGGCGCAGAAAGACUCAGCGCUGCAGGCAUUAGAGAAGAGGCUUAAGACACUCACGCCGGGUCAGGCACCGCACCACGCCGUCAGCAAAACGAGUCCCAUAGAAAAGAAAAUGAUGCAGGGGAAAGGUGAAGCAGCUGCUGGAGCCACAGAAGACCUCGAGGCAUCCACGGAGAGCUUGAAGCAGCUGCGCACGAGUGCGAAGCUCGAGGAAGACGAGGUGCAAAAUCAUCUGCUGGAACUUAACAAAUACAAGACGAUAUGUGAAGAGAAGGAGGAAGCGCUUCUUCAGGCCACUGAAAAGAUAGAGGCACUGCAGUGUAGUCUGGAUGUUGAGAAAAAAUAUGUCGAGGAGCUCCUGCAGGAGCUCCUAGACAACCCAAAGGGGCACACAGCACAUGCUUCGGAGGCCACGCCAAAAGAAAACCGUACGCCGCCGCAGACACUCACACCACUCCACGCCUCAGUGCACCACUACUACAGGCGGCUCCCCGGCAAGUACUGGAUGGACGUAGUCAAAACGUAUCCUGCAGACCUCCAGCAAACACUCUGGGCAGAGUACUGCGAAGUCCUCAGUAGCACAGACGCAACCAUUCAAUACAUCAGUCCCACCGCAACCAAUGACCAUCUUCUUGUUGACGCCGUACUCCAACAACAAAAAGCACAAAGCCAAGAUCUACAAUGCAUCAUCGAAGCCCAUCAUUUUCCACGUACACUCAAACUUCAUGAAAUACAUGCCAAUUCCCUACAAAAGACCCCAAAAGAAGAAUCUAUCACUCCUCAAGAAGAGUACGAGGCGGUCUCCGCGGCCAAGCAGAAGGCGGAGGCGGAGCGCGACAACGUGCAGCAGCGGCUGCGUGCAACUGAGGAGGAGCUGAACUCUCUCCGGCAGCAGGCUGAGGCACGACGCGCCCAAAUUGCUGGGCUGCCCGCGGCAACCAAGGCGGCGGCGGCGACGAGCCCCACGCGGUCCCGGCAGUUGUCCGCGCACAGUGCGGCGCCCCCGCUCUACACCGUGACGGCAGAGGAGUACGAGGCGGUCUCCGCGGCCAAGCAGAAGGCGGAGGCGGAGCGCGACAACGUGCAGCAGCGGCUGCGUGCAACUGAGGAGGAGCUGAACUCUCUCCGGCAGCAGGCUGAGGCACGACGCGCCCAAAUUGCUGGGCUGCCCGCGGCAACCAAGGCGGCGGCGGCGGCGGCGAGCCCC